CAGAGAACAAACCCACCAUCCAUUCAUUGCACACGGUCUAGAAGGUCGUGCAAGAGCUUGUAUCAUCACUCCCUACGCAAUUCUACUCGCCCUCAUAAAUACUACCAUUUGCAAAUUAUCACUGCCGCGAAAAAUUUGCUGUUGCCGUCCGCGCCUUUUGUCCGCGUUAACACGCGCCCACCUCCUUCCAAUUCCACCACCACCACCGCCACCACAGAUUCGUCGCCACGGGAUGGAUAGUUAGGGAGAUGGGCCAUCCGUGCCAGGAAUACUAAUGGAAUCAUGGCGGGAGCGAGGCUUUGUACCGGACUCAGACUCGGAGGACGGGUUCGACAGCCAGGAGACGCUCAAUUCCCGCAAGGAUGACGAGCGGGCGGUCGAAAGCUCGGCGGCUGCUGCGGCGGUGGUGGUCAAAGAUGUCACAACCAACACACGGGUCGCUGGAGCGGAGGGAAGAGGCACUGAUCCAUUGCAGAGUGUGAACGGACGCGAUCCAGCCCAUCCUUCUACGCUCGACUUCGGCGUUGAAGAAGGUCCUAUGCACAUUCUCCCCACGGACGAAUCGACGGUACGGACCAACAACGCAUACGAAGAGCGACCUAGGGAACAGUCGGUAGAUGAGACCACCCCUCGAGCGGGUGGGAUAUUGGCUGAGGUGGACAAAGUCCUGGGAGAUGCUCCACGCAGCGCCUCAUCGACCCCCAGGGCAAAGGGGAAAGCAGAUACCCGGGAUGAUUCUAGUUCAGAGGACGAACUGCAGUUUGAGUAUAUGCGACCUCGAAAACCGGUCCGGGUCUAUACGCGUGUCAAGAGUGUUCGUCAAUCACAACCAGCGGAGGAGAAUUAUGACUCUUCCACGCCGUCGUCGCCUCUAUCGUCGCUUGAUUCCCUGCGCCUGGACUUUGAAGAUGAGGAGGACCAAGGGAACAAUGCUGCAGACAAUGAUCUGACGCAGCAGGAAGAGGAAGCUUCGAGUCAAUCGGCACAGGAGCUCCCGCCGCUGGACAUUCCUGAAGAGCUGCUUCGUGAGCUUUCCCAACCCGCGCGGAGAUCUUUGCGAGAGCGCAAGGCUAUCCAAUUGCAUCCUUACAUGCUGGAAGACGUGAAAUAUCGCAAUCUUAUGCGAGCUCGAGGAGUCAAACCAGUGCGCGUGGCCCAGCAGGAAAUCAAUCGUUCGGGUGCUCAAGAAAGUCAGAACCAGGACUAUGUCGAUCAACCAGAGCCAAUGUCCGAUAGUCUGGGAGCUGAAUUUGAGUAUCUGCCGUCAUCUCCGCCCGAGACCCGACUUACUUUAAAGAAAAGAUCAAUCGAAUCAUCUCCCGAGCGUCAACACCAUCAGGCACCACGAGCUCAGUCUACUAACCGGCUCCCGGGUCCUACCAUAAAGAGGCGAAAGGUGUCCAAAAUUGCAAAUCCUCAACAAACUCCUCGGACUGAGACUCAGGCCCGGUUACAGGUCGUCAUCGACAACGGCUCAUCCCCCGCUCGCCAAGCAGUUAAGCCUAUCUUCGAUAUCCCUAGCCCACCUCGCUCUGAGGACGACGAUCCGUCUGAUGUGGAACCUUCCACCACAUUUCGAUUCCCUAAAGGCUACACGCCUGCUUUGAAUACUCCUAGUACUGGGCCACGAGCUGCGACCACCGAUCGAGAUGUCAUGGACUGGUCUGCGCCUGAAAUUGAAGGUAGUAUGGAUGAUGGGCAUCUCGAGGCCGCUCCCAGUCCUCUGGUCGAGGAAGGGUCGCAGGCUAGUAGCGAAGAGGAGCGGGAGGAGACUGACGGCGAAAAGACAGAUGAGGAUGAAGCUGCAAUACGGCGGCGUUAUCAGCGACGUAUUAAGGGACAAAAGCAGAAGGAGGUGCAGUUUGGCUCAACGCAGCGGAGCAAUGAAAAGAUGCGAGUGCUGAAACAUGGCGGCAAUGCUAGACUGCCGGGUUCGAUAGACGCACUGCGACAGCUUGCCGACUCUGAUAGCGAGGACGGACGAGAAGCCAAAGAGGCCGACGAGGAAUCCAUUUCACGUCCGCAGGUGGCUCGACAAGGCGACGAGUAUCCAUCACUGUAUGAGGAUAUGGAUGACGACAUCCCAGAAGACAACCGGAUCGAUGAAAUGUUUCCCCCAGUCCCUCGUUCUACAUCAGGAUUGAAAGCUCGAAAGCAAGGGAAGAAAAAGACAACCGUCAGAACAAAUGCUGUUUCUUCUACAAGGCUAACGGAUCGCAUUUAUCGGACACAGAAACAAGAGAAACGAAGAGCGCCAGCUCUACCCAAGCUUGGUGUUUUGGAUGCACCAGAUUUUCUCAGGGAUAAGGGAAGGAGAAAUACCGAAGAUGCGAAUGCAUCGUUGCAUCAAUGGCGAGCAGGUAAUUUUCGACAAACCCGACUGCCUCGAAUUCAAACCAAACCGUUCAAGCAACAGACCACGCGAGAAGGCCAUGCUAAGACACAAGAUCGUGUCGGCAUUAAUGAAGGUCGAGCGCCUGUAAGGACCCUGGCUUCUUCUCUGAUGUCAUCAUACCUGUCUAGAGACUCCCGAGAGCAUGGUGUUCGCGUUGAGGACCACCCUCCUGAUCAGAAUUCAACCAUUCCGCCUCAAAGGCCAAAUGAUGACCAAGUAUCUCGUGAAACCGGUAAACCGGAGCAGCCAAGUAAUAGAUGGAUUGUCAAAAGAAACUUCGCAGUCACCUCUCUUACGAGAAAUGGCUUUAGGCCUGCGAUGCUCGAAGAGGUGAACCCAGCCGGUCGACCUGUGUCCCCAGUGUCGUUCCAACGAUCACUAUCGCAGUUGAACCGAGACUACCGCGGCAAAAGCCUUCCUCGGAUCAGGCGUGAUAACGUGGUCAUGGAUAGAUUCAUCGCGAGUCGCAGUUCGACGCCUGUUCCGGCUGAGAAAUCAAAUCAGCCCGCUACGGCUCAGAUGGUUGACAAAUCGAGCGCCAGACGCCCCUUGGUACAGACCCGGUUACAAAGUCGUCAGGUGAAGAAGCGUCCACCAAGACGGUUGGAAAUCAAUACGAUCCAAGAACAGGAGCCCCUUCACCAAGAGACAAUCACAAUGUCAGACUCGCAUUGGGCAUCGGAGGAACCACAGCCUUCUAGCUGCCCCGUCGGGGCUCUUGAAGGGUUGCAGCGAACGUAUCCCAUUGACUUCAACAUUACUCCGUUGGUAUCAGGAACGUUCUUUCAUGAGUCAACCUUUAUUGGGAGCGGGGAGUUUUGUCGCUCGCUGAAGAUUCUCACCAGAAACCUCGACAAUGACGCUGGAUUUUUCACUUUGCAUCUUGAAGACGAACGUCACCGUUGGGGUGCUUGGAAUGAUGCCGUUUCCUCCGGUCUCGGACUUGCUUUCGACAAAAUUGUUGAGGAACUGGACAGACCGGUCGAGGGUCCAGCACAGUCUCUCACUGGAAGUGUCGACAAGCAAGGGUGUAUGGUGUACCGGUCCUUGGUCAAAUACGUCACAGACAUCCUAUCCUUCAUCGAUCCGAUCGAUCGAACGGGGUUCGUGAGGCGAGCACAUAGCCUUGUUUCCAAGGUCAAUGACACUUUAGCGACGCUGGUCCCGACAACGGAGCCGGAGAUGGAUCACCUCCUGACAAUCUCUGCUUAUAACACUGUAUUCGUGAACAUGCUGCUUCAGAUUGCAGGACACGAACUUGUGGAAGGCAGCGUUGCUGACGAGGUUGUGACUUCAUUGAAGCUGUCGUCGAAGCUGACCAUUGCUGUUAUCGCAAGCGAAUUGGGGCAAUCCAGUAUUCGCAAGCACCUUCAAGAUCUGGAGUCUACUGAGGCUCGUGAAAGAGGCAUUCGCAGCGGCAGAUCUUCCCUUCAAGCGUAUGUCACUGUUCGACAUGUGCUGCGCAGCAAUGAGAGUAUGAAAGGUUAUUUCGAGGACCUGCUAACCCAGGCCUACACACUAGCUGACGAGGGCGACGUGAGCAACUCCAAAAAUGUCUCUCAGCUGGAAACUGCGUGGCGAAACGUAUUCACAUCCUUGCCUCUGAAUGAAUUCGAUGUUCGCGGCAUUGCCCAAAUUGGCUCCCGAUUCCGUGAACAGCAGGACAACUGGCCCGUGAUCAAAAUGCUGCUACGUCCGGCGCUUGAAAGCUAUGAAGCCAGUUCUGUCGGACAGCCUGUCUUAUAUUACAUUUACUGCCGGGCUUUGUUUCAUAGGUGCUUUCACCUGAUCAAUGGCUGGGGCUGGCGGGAUUGCAAGCAAGUCCUGGAUACUCUAUACGAUUUCUUCGCCAAGAAUACGCUGUACAAUCUGAGGCAAGAAGAGAGCUACAAGUCCCCAUCUUUUCUUAAUGAACUGGACCGCAAUCCUUCGUUGCACGUGCAGCCUGGCGAGCCAUGCUUCCAUAUUUUGCUCAAGAUCAUUGCAAGUGGAUUGAAGUCGUUGUCGAAGUCCUACGAUAAGAAGAAAGUGCGGAAUUUCGCCUGGCGCCUGUUGCCGAACCAUGGACGGAUGUACCCUAAGGAAAAGCCCAUCCAGCAGACCGACUUGGAUGCCUUGAGAAACCAUCACGACCUGCUUUGCACGCUGUACUAUGCAGUUCCUGACGGAUGCCGGCCUCGGUUGGAAACCAUUCGGGAUCUGGUUCACCCUGCAAGCUCUCAUAGGGAAACCUGCAAUAUCAGUCUUCGUUCCUGGGAUCGACUGGUUCGCUUCAAGCUGUCGGCUGACGAAGAAGUCUCGGGGCUUGAGCCAUUUGCGGACUGGCACUGUUACUUUGUGACUGAGCUAUUGAAGCAGCAUGCAAUGGCUCGGCAAGAGGUUGAAGCCCAGAAUACAGUUGCUAAUAAGUUUUCUGAUCAAUUGGUUGAGAAAACGAUAGCACAGAAUCAGCGACAAAUUGAAUCGUUGCUGAAGACAGCUCUGAGCAACCUAAAAAGUGCCGUCAAGGCAGCACCGACAUUACAGCAUGCUCAAAAGCUAGUUUCAAAAAUGCCCGUGAAAGCGCUACUAGGGCUUUUUAAUCCCCAGCUUGCUCGCGUUAACAUCAUUGUCACUGAGUCUCUCCUGGUGAUUCUUGCCUAUCUUGAGAAAUGCAACGCUUCUCAAGCGCAGGCCCCAGGAACAGCAGGGCCACCCGUCGUGCUGGACGAAGAUAGCCAAGAGUAUGGGGAUUGGACCGACAUUGAAGCUGUAUGCGGGGCAAUGACUACUACCGCACCACCUGAGAUCGAGUAUGUGGAGCAGACUCUCCACCCCGCUGUGUCCCGACUUGUCUCCAACUGCUUUGGUGAGGACUAUUGUCCCGAGGAUGCAAUCCUUCUCAGUGCUGUCGAAUGUUGGACCUCCAUCGCACAAACACUUGUUAAGCACGGACUGCGACAUUGGGACAGCUACCUGACUCCUUACAAUGGCGAUUCGUGGGCAGCGCUUCGAUCAACUAUGCAGACAAGAAAGUUUACACCCUUUUUCUUAGCAAGCUGCAUCGAGAAAGACGCUCGGUGCAUCGUGGACUGUAAAGUCCAGAUCCUUGGCAUGUGGAUGGCCAGCUUGGUUGAGAGGGUCGCUCUGUUGAAAUACCAACACCGCUUGACGGAGGCGUUAUUGAAUCACGAGGAGGCUGAUCCCGUGUUGCAGAACCUGCCAUUUGCCAUUGACCGCAAGCAGGGACGAUAUUCGCUCAGCUUGGAGGACAUUAGCCAGCGUCGGUUGUCGCUGAUAUCCAGUCUCUUGUCCAACAUGCGUUCGCACCUCCAAGACCUUGAAGACGCGGGCGCACGCGAAUAUUCGAGCACAAAGCAGGAAUACGCGGAGGCAAUCCAGAGAAUGAUGUCAUCGAUGAAGGCCAAUUAUCAGGAGCUAGGAAAUGGCACCCAGAGCGUCCAGGGGGCCUACGUUGAUCUCGUCCAUCGAGUUGUAGGGUUCCUGCAGCAACACAGCAGACAAAUCUGUCCUAUUGAUCCGUUUUUCAUCGACCCUGCUUCCUUCCCGCUGCCGUCCACGGACCCAACCUACAUCGUCGCCAGAUUGAAGAGUUAUGAGCCCAAGGUCCCAGUCGAGAGUGGGGCGAAAACGCUAGUGGUGUUCGUCCAGAGCGUCUCGGAGCGGGCGGCCAUAGAUGGCCAACAGGAUUAUCUCGUCAACCAGUUGCAUUCCUCGAUGAGCGAGACCUAUGAGAGCGGCAGCCCGGACAAGCCCACGCUGAGGUCGACAAUGCUGCAGGCUGUGUUUCCUGCUUACCUCGAGACAGCGUUCAGCAGUCGGGCGGCGUGGGUCCUAAGCCGGCCGAUUGUGCAUACCAUCCGCCUUGUCUUCAAGGAGCUUCUGUUCACCUUCGAUUCCACAGAUGCUGCGUGCGUGGGGUCGGUCUUGAAUAUGUUUGCCUGCGUUUUUGGACCAUCCUAUCGUGCAUUGCAGCUUCCUCUAUUCCGGAACGUCAACCUGCUUACCGAUCCAGCCGCAGCGACCAGUGCCGCCUCGUUCUGGGACAUGAUUACGUCCGCCUUGCCCAUUGUGGACUACAUCGACCGCGGCACCACAGACCACCGAGCAGCCAGCGAUAAUAUCCUCCUCCAGCUGCGGGCCUUCCGCCAGCUUGCCCUCGUCGCCCUCUCCAUUUCCCCUGAAAGAAUCGAAGAACAACCUCACCUUCCCGCAGCCAUCCCCCCUGGUGGCGGGGACUUCACGCAGCACGCCGCAGCCUUCACUUCAUACCCAGCGGCCCCCACAACCCCGUCUUUCUUCCCUGAGCUCCGCCAUGGUGCAACCCGCGAGCUACAGUCCUACAUCUACGAGAACUGGUCUUGUCACCAGGGCAAAUACUACUUCACCCGCCGAGGCGGGCACCAACCCCAGGAAGUCGAGGUGGAACCCGCAGUGGCUGCUCAACUCGAGCAAUCUCCCCUGCUUGCGUUGCGGAGUGCAGCCCAGAGCUUCCUGGAUACGUUAGGUAAACUUGGUCUUAUCGAGGAUGACGCGGAUGAUGAGUGAAGCCUUCCUGUUUGGCUUUACCUGGUUU